AUUACCAGCCUCUGACCAGUCUCUCAACAAAGGUAUACAACUUGAACCAUCCAGGAGAACAAGAUUUCCCUCUACAACCUGAGGACUAUGGACACCUUCUUGAAACUUUUCCUCAUGAGUACAGUAUUGCUGAGCCCCCUCUCCAAGGCUUUUAAUAGUGAGCUGGUGAAAUGCUUUGAUGACCCCCAAUAUGAAGACCUGCUCAAACUAUUGCGGGAUGGCCUGGGAGCACCCACUAAGAAGAAGAGUGUGGUAGUGAUUGGAGCUGGCAUAGCUGGGCUCACUGCUGCUAAAGUCCUACAGAAUGCUGGCCACCAGGUUACUGUGCUAGAGGCCUCUGGACGAGUAGGUGGGAGAAUUGAGACGCAUCGAGUGCCUGGGGCAGAGUGGUAUGCUGAACUUGGUGCCAUGCGGAUCCCUGCCAACCACAUGCUUUCUCGUGAACUUAUCAGUCAAUUUGGGUUGAAGCUGAAUGAGUUCUCCAGAUAUGAUGACCGAACAUGGGUCCUCAUCAAUGGAGUACGUCGACGGACUGGUGAGGUACAAGCCAAUCCUGGUCUCCUUGGGUAUCCAGUCCGGUCAGAUGAAAAAGGGAAAACAGCUGACAAAUUGUUUGAUGAAUCCCUGAGGAAGGUAGUGGAAGAGCUGAAAAAGAGCAACUGCAGUCAAAUACUAGAAAAGUAUGAUUCCUUCUCCACUAAGGAAUUUCUGAUUAAAGUAGGAAAUCUGAGCCGAGGUGCAGUGCAGAUGAUUGGAGAUCUCAUGAAUGCUGAUGCUGGUUACUAUGAAGCUUUCACUGAGACAUUAAGAGGAGUUAUUUUCUUCUUCCAGAAUCCCCGGUUUGAGGAAAUUACUGGUGGCUUUGACCAGCUCCCCAAGGCCUUACAUGACUCCCUCCUCCCUGGCACUGUCCAUCUCCACUCACAAGCAAAGGAGGUAGUAAGGGAUGGGAACUACGUCCAUAUUGUCCAUCAGACACCUGACCCCCUUCGACCUCAAGCCCGCCUCACUGCCAACUAUGCUAUUGUGGCCACAACAGCUAAGGCUGCCCGGCUCCUCCACUUUCAGCCACCUCUGUCUCCAGGCAAAGAAGAUGCCCUGCGUUCAAUCCACUACAACAGUGCCACCAAGGUGAUCCUGGCCUGCACCAAGCGCUUCUGGGAGCAGGAUGGUAUUUAUGGUGGGAAGUCCAUAACUGACCGUCCCUCCCGAUUUAUCUACUACCCCAAUCAUGACUUUCCCAAUGGAACAGGAGUCAUCUUGGCCUCUUAUACCCUGGAUGAUGAUUCUACCUUCUUUGCUGGCAUGGAUCAAAAGCGGGCAGUGGACGUAGUGUUAGAAGAUUUGGCUGCCAUCCACAAUCGCCCCAAGGAGGAGCUUCAGGAUUAUUGUCCCUACUCUGUGGUCAAGCGUUGGAACCAAGAUCCUUACUCCAUGGGCUGCUUUGCCUUCUUUACUCCCUACCAAUAUGUAGAUUAUUCCCAAGAGCUCUUCAAACCUGAAGGCAGGAUACACUUUGCAGGAGAGCACACCACCCUCCCUCAUGGUUGGAUUGAUACAGCCAUCAAGUCUGGACUCCGAGCAGCCCAGAAUAUCCAAGAAGCUGUGGGAUUAUUGAAAGAGGACAAAGAAGCCAGAAAGGAAAGUAGGUUUAAGAGAGAGUUAUAAUCAGUGAAAAAGCACUUACAUUGAUGAGGUAGUAUAGAGUAUUAUAGUGAAAAGAACCUUGACUAAAGGUUUUUAAAUCUUGCCUCUGGCACAUGCUGACUAUUUGACCAUAGGCAAAUCACUUAACUUCCUCAAACCGUCCUCACUUUUCUUAUCUGUAAAAUGGAGAUAAUAAUAAUUGUUGGUACCAACCUAAUAGGAUUAUUAUGAUGAUCAAAUGUUAAAAGAUAUUCCUAACCUGCCAUCAAUAGGCCAUACAUAUUCUUAGAUGAUUUCUUAGUCAUAGGGAUGGAUUAACGAGACGGGCCUAUAAGUUGUCUCUCCUUUGAUAAAUGAUGCACAUUUGUGAGAUAGAUGCCUGAAUGACAUCUUCAGCUAAGGAAUAAAGAAUAAAGAAAAAUCAGGUGGAGAUCAAAUCCCAAAUCUUGCUCUUAGAAGCUCUGUAUUGUGACCAAUUGACCCAAUUAUCUCAGUAACUAUAAUAUCGAAUUAUAGUUCAUUAAUCACAUUUAAAUGUCAGUUGCACAAAAUGUGUAUUCUAAGGAGAGGACUAAUUGGCCUGAUAUUAGCAUUUGUUAACCAAUAAGUCACAUUUUCUUUUAACAAUAAAUCAAUAACCAAAUUUAAACCUGCUUAAUAUGCUUAAUUAACAACAUAAUAUGCAUUCCAAAAAUUAGGAGACUUUCUGUCUUUCUUGGAGUUAAGUCUAUUUUAUCUACCCUCACACAUGUCCCUUUAUAUGAGCCUCACUGUGGCUCACAUCUCACAUGAGAUCUACCUCUCAUAUCUUGAUACUUGAGCAACUUUUCUUUCCAUGUUGAGAUCCUAAGAGAUGAAGGGACAAACAAUAAAUAGGAACAGGUAAAGAGUGGUUUGGGAGAUGGAGGCGAGCUAAUGAAUUGGAGUUAUUUUUAGCAAUACAAUUUUAAUUGUAUCAUUAAUCAGUCCCCUGGGGACACAAAAAGAUAUACAAAA